GGACGCAGUGCAGUUCACCAGUCCUUGACCGAUGUCAGGUCGCUCACAGGUGUAAUCACUUCUACUAUACUGUUAUUUCUGACGUGCCACGACCCAGAGACUUUAACGCUUCCGCGUCGUGUUUGUCGACCGGUUACAGGUUCGUUCGUGUCAUUCGAGUUGUUCAUAUUUACAUUAAGUGCAAAUUCCGUGCAGUAAAAUCAAGUACACGUUAUUUCGUGACACCAACUGAAUUAGUGGCGAAUUCAUUUAAGAAAAUUCCAUUAUUUUUAUCGAGAAACAGCUGGGCUAUUUAAGCAGCGUUGAUCAUACGCAGAGUAGAACCGAAUCAGUUGAAUAUGUCAACUACCGGUAGUUUAUGGCGGAGAUGGCUGAUCACUGUGUUAUUUUUUACUAAUACUGUAGGCAUAUUAGGUCGUAGUGCAUUUGAAAAACUCACUGAACUAGAUUAUAAAGGUACAACAUAUUACACAGUAAAAAAUUUGACACUUUAUGAAUGUCAAGGAUGGUGUAGAGAGGAACCAGAAUGCCAAGCAGCAUCGUUUAGUUUUGUUUUAAAUCCACUAACUCCAAUACAAGAGACAGUUUGUCAGCUACAAAAUGAAACUACUGCCAAUAAUCCGGCAGCAGUACCACAACGGUCUGUUAACAUGUAUUACAUGGUGAAAAUGCAAAUAAGAUCGGAUAACGUAUGUCUUAGACCUUGGGCAUUCGAACGAGUUCCAAAUAAAAUGAUUCGAGGCUUAGACAACGCGUUGAUUUAUACGUCCACAAAAGAAGCUUGUCUCGCUGCUUGUUUGAACGAACAUCGAUUUGUUUGUCGUUCCGUGGAAUACAAUUACGUGACGUUACAAUGCCAUCUAAGUGAUUCAGAUAGGAGAACGACCGGCCAGUAUGUUCAAUUUGUCGAAGCGCAAGGUGUAGAUUAUUUUGAAAAUCUUUGUAUCAAAGGCAAUCAAGCUUGUAAAGGAAAUCGAGUGUUCCAAGUGCCUAGAAUUGGUGUGGCCGAUGAUAAAGUAGCUCAAUAUGCUUCUUUGCAUUACUAUACCGAUAAAGAAUUGCAGGUGACAAGUGAAGCGGCUUGUCGUUUGGCUUGUGAAAUAGAAAAUGAAUUCUUGUGUCGAUCGUUCAUUUAUAAAGGUCCUCCUGUCGGUACAGCAUACAACUGUGAACUCUUCCAUUUGGACCAUAAGACCUUGCCAGAUGGACCAAGCACAUAUCUUAAUGCCGAACGUCCGUUGAUUGACGAUGGCCAGAAAAUAGGCAGUUAUUAUGAAAAUUACUGUGAGAAAUCAACAACACCCCCACAUGAACAGCUUCCAGUAGUUUUUGAAAGCACAGACGAUCCGAAUUUGAACUUGACUAGAACUGACUUAAAUUGUGACAAAACUGGCACAUGCUAUGAUGUAUCUGUUCAUUGUAAAGAUACCAAAAUAGCCGUACAAGUUCGAACCAACAAACCAUUUAAUGGCAGAAUAUAUGCUUUGGGUAGAUCAGAAACAUGUAACAUUGACGUACUGAAUAGCGAUCAGUUCCGACUUGACUUAACGAUGGCUGGACAAGAUUGUAAUACUCAGUCAGUGACUGGAGUGUUUUCUAACACUGUCGUUCUCCAACACCAUAGCGUUGUAAUGACAAAAGCUGAUAAAAUUUAUAAAGUCAAAUGUACAUAUGACAUGUCGUCUAAGAAUAUAACGUUUGGAAUGAUGCCAAUUAGAGACCCAGAAAUGAUAAGCAUUACAUCUGCUCCAGAAGCACCACCCCCAAGAAUUCGUAUUUUAGAUUCUAGGGCUAGAGAAGUGGAAACUGUGCGUAUUGGAGAUAAACUGACGUUUAGAAUCGAAAUACCCGAAGACACGCCAUACGGUAUUUUUGCAAGAAGUUGUGUUGCUAUGGCUAAGGACUCAAAAAGCACGUUCCAGAUCAUCGAUGACGAAGGGUGCCCCGUGGAUCCUACAAUCUUUCCCGGAUUUUCGCCUGAAGGCAAUGCUCUGCAAUCCAUUUAUGAAGCGUUCCGGUUCACCGAAUCGUAUGGUGUGAUAUUCCAAUGUAACGUAAAAUACUGUUUGGGCCCUUGCGAACCGGCUGUAUGUGAGUAUGGUAGAGACUCGAUUGAAUCUUGGGGCCGAAGAAAGAGGUCAGUGGCCGCUACCAAUAAUAAUACUACGUCCGAAAACGGUGAUGAUAUGACACAAAUAAGCCAAGAAAUAUUAGUUUUAGAUUUUGGCGAUGAAAAACAAUCGCAAUUUUUAAAAAGUAGUGAGUCUUCAUUUACAGAUUUUAGUAAAGACAAAACAAUUACGAUUGUGGAACCUUGUCCCACCAAAACAUCUGUACUCGCAUUGGGAAUUACAUGUAUGCUACUCAUUUUAAUUUAUGUCAGUACCAUGUUUUGUUAUUACAUGAAGAAGUGGAUGACUCCAAGAAAGAUAAUGGCGUAGUACUAAUUAAGGCGAACAAAUUAAUCAAUAAUGAAUAAUCUAAUACUUCUCUUAAUGUAAAAAAUACACCUAUUUUUAGUAGAUCAAUUAUUCCAUUAGAGUAUAUAAAAUGAAAAUUUUACAUUCAAAGUUUUAUAUAUAAACGUUAGAUACGAUUUCAUACUACAAGCAUAACAAUUUACCUACAGUUAAGUCAUAAAGUAUUUUAUUUAAUGAUCAAUUUAUGUAUUUUAAUUAUGGUAGCCCUUUAGUUUGAAAGCUCAUCAAAUUGAGAUGUGUUAUUUGAUAUAACUUAUUUUUUAUAAACAAAAUGCACAAGUAAUAUUAGUAUAAAUUUAAAGACGUCUCAGAAAUACUUUAAUUUUGUAUAUAUAAAUCCUAAUAGACGUUGUAAAAUAAAAUUAAUUUUGUGCCUAUUUAUUUUGCACAUAUUUUUAGCACAUAUACUAUUGGUCAUCACAUUUAAUUAUAAUUAUAACUUGUGUAAUUAUAUGUGAUACUUUACACUUGUGUGAGUUCAAAGCAAAUACUUAUCAUGAAGAUGAGAAACUUGAUCAAUUUUAUAAAAUAAUCAUUAAGGUAAUUAGUAAAACAAGCUUUAGUAAAAAUAUUGAAAUUUUAAAUAAAAUUAAGAUUUUCCUCUUCUUGAUAAGUAUUGCUUUUUAUUUUUGAGUAAUGUAAAAAAUUUUUGUGUAUUUACUUUUAUUAGGCGCUCUCUAAUGGCCUAAUUUUUUUAAGUGCAAUUUUAAUGGAAAUAUUUAGUUUAUAAUUAAUGAUAUUAUAGAUAAUUUAUGAGUUUUAAAUAGCCCUAGUAUAUUUUAUUUAUUGUAGUUUUAUAAUUGAAGAAUUAAGUUCUUUACUCAAUUUAUUUAUAAAAAAAAUAAAUAAUAUUUUGGAAAAUAAUUUUGUAUGAUUAAUAAAAUUUAAUAUUCAAAUACAAAAACUAUACUGUUUUACAA